UGGUUUCUUCUGGUCAUCUCGGACAAAGAUGUCGGACAGCCUCAACAUCCUUGUGACAUGAGUUUAUUUUCUUUUCUUUUGUAAAGCGUCUCCUCUGAUAUCAACAUGGAAGAAGCUUCAGAACUGCUGAAUGAUUAAUAAACUGUCUGAAAGGUGUUUUCCACCUUUAUUCAUCUCUCGCCAGCUUUCAAAGCCAUAGAUAGAAGUUAGCUUAGCCUGCUAGCUGUAAACGGACCGGCUCAGGGUUUGAUGGAGAAAAAGUUUCUGUCAUCGUGUUAAAAUGUCUAAAGUCCAAAUGCUGAGAGCGUCGGUGACGCAGAGACUAACUGCGGCUGCUGAAGAUAUAUUUGUGCUGUUUGAAAGAUCGAUAGCAGAGUACGAGGAGGAACUUUCUCGAUCCAAAGAGAAGAACGAGCGACAACGCAAACUACUGGACGCUGUUUUCAACCCUCAACUUCAGCUACACAGAGCAGACGUCCAGCAGCUGUUGAAGAGUAAAGAAGAGGUUCCCCCUGAGCAGCAGGAGUGGAGCUCCAGUCUGCACCAGGAUGACCCAGAGCCCCCACACAUUAAAGAGGAACAAGAGGAACUCUGGACCAGUCAGGAAGGAGAGCAGCUCCAGGGGCUGGAGGAGGCUGAUAUCAACAAGUUCACAUUCACUUCUGUUCCUGUUAAGAGUGAAGAUGAUGAAAAGAAACUUCAGUUCUUACAGCUUCAUCAAAGACAAACUGAGGAGAAUAGAGAGGCAGCACUUCAAGGGCUGGAGGAGGUUGAUAUCACGAAGUUCACAGUCAUUCCUGCUCCUGUGAAGAGUGAAGAAGAUGAAGAGAAACCUCUCUUACAGCUUCAUCAAAGACAAACUGAGGAUAACAGAGAGGCAGAACCUACAGCCAGCAUCUCAAUUGAACAGAUGGAAACAGAAACUGAUGGAGAAGACUGUGGAGGAUCAGAACCAGUCAUGAACUUACAUCCAGGUGGACAUUUACAACCUGAUACUGAUGACAAGACUUUAGACUCUCCUGAGACUGAUGUCAGUGAUGACUGGACAGAGACCAGAGAACCUCAGUCAGAUUUAAACUCUCUGAAAAAUAAAGAAAUCCAUGUUAGUGAUAUGAAAUUUAAUACUGGCAACAACUCGUUCAUCUGCUCUCAGUGUGGUAAAAAAUUUGCCAGUGAAGAAAGUCUGCAGAGACACAUGACAUUGAGUCAUCAUACAGGAAUGAACGCCUUUAGUUGCGAGUUAUGUAAUAAAACAUUUACACAUAAGAUAUAUCUGACAAUCCACAUGGGUGUUCACACAGGAGAGAAACGAUUCAGUUGCCGUAUUUGUGAAAAAAGAUUCACCUGGCGUACAGAGCUCAGGAGACACAAGUGUGUUGGUAAAUCCUCACAACUGAACGGUGGAGGAACAAAACCAGUGAGGAACUCGGUCCGUGUAAGAGAGUUGAGAUGUAGAGAUGCCAAAAACUCCUUUAGUUCAUUUUCCUGCUCUAAGUGUAAAAAAAAUUUUGACAACUUUCAUUCUCUGGAGAGACAUCUGAGAACUCAUAAAAAGGAGAAACCAUUUAGUUGCCCAUUUUGUGGUAAAUUGUUUGCACACAGGGCACAUCUGACACCACACAUAGCGAUGCACACAGGGGAGAGACCAUACAGUUGUCGUCUUUGUUACAAAAGGUUCACCUGGCCUUCACAGGUCAAAAACCACAAAUGUGUUCGUCAGAAGCACACACAGCUUCAUCAAAGACAAAGUGAACAGAUGGAAACAGAAGCUGAUGGAGAGGAUUGUGGAAGAUCAGAACCAGCCAGGAACUCACAUCCAGAUACACCUUUACAAUGUGAUACCGAUGAGAAGACUUCAGUUUUUCCUGAACCUGAUCCUGGUCCUGAAGUCAGGGAGGAUGAGUGGAAGGUGACCCGGGAACCUCAGUCAGGUUUACAGAAUGAUGUCCCUGUAAGCAGUAUGAGUCUUACAUCCUCAACAAAAAGAUUUACUUGUUGUCAGUGUGGUGAAAUGUUUCUUAAAAAAAAUUUACUGGUGAGACACAUGAAACAUCAUACAAAGAAACAAUUUAGCUGCUCACUUUGUGGGAAAGAAUUUGUCUGCAAGGAAACUCUGAAGGCACAUAAGAAAUGGCACGAAGGACAGACCGAAUUUAGUUUCUCAUUUUGUGGUAAAAUAUUUACACAUGUAAGACAAUUGUUGCUGCACUCAAACUCCCACAAAGAGAUCAACAGAUUCAAAUGCAGUGUUUGUGACGAGACAUUUUAUUCAUUUUCUGCGAUCAAAAGACAUAAAUGUAAUGGUGAGUCCUCCAAGCUUCACAAACCUGGGACCAGUCAGGAGGGAGAGCAACUUCAAGGGCUGGAGGAGGCCGAUACACCCAAGUUCACAUUCACUCCUCUUCCUGUGAAGAGUGAAGAUGAUGAAGAGAAACCUCAGUCCUCACAGUUUCAUCAAAGACAAACUGAACAGAUGGAAACAGAAGUUGAUGGAGAAGACUGUGGAGGACCAGAAUCUGAUCCAGAUAGACAUUUACAACCAGAUACUGAUGAUAAGACUCCUGAAUUUGGAAGGAGUGGUGAUGACAGAGAAUCUCAGUCAGAUUUAAACUGUCAGAAUAAUAAUAGAGUCCCUGUAAGUGAUAGGAGAGCUCACAAAGGAGAGAAACAAUUCAGUUGCUCGAUUUGUGGCGCAAAAUCGGCAUCGAAGAGCGGUCUGAAGCAACACAUGAUAUGCCAUUUCAGAAAGAAGUCGUUCAGCUGCAGUAAUUGUGACAAAAGAUUCUCUUGUUACAGUGAGCUCAAAAGGCAUAAGUGUGACAAGCAUCCUGAGCUUGAAGUUGAAAUCAACAACGAUGAGGUGCCCAAGAAACCAGUGAAAGAUAAGAAACCAUUCAGCUGCCCCGAGUGUGGCAGAAGAUUUGCUUCACGGGCAGCACAGGAUAAUCACAUGAGAAUUCAUUUAGAAGGGAAAAAGUACAGCUGCCAGGUCUGCAAUGCCAUUUUUUGUCAGGGCAAUGACUUAGCACAACACAUGAAAUCUCACAGAGCAGAUAAGCCAUUCAGGUGCACUCAGUGCGACAAAAGCUUCGGCUACGAUUCCAGUCUAAGGCUCCACAUGAAGUGCCAUUCUACAGAGAGACUCAGUGAUUGCCCUAUGUGCACCAGAAAAUUCAAGAGCAAUCUAAAUGUGCUAAAUCACUUGAAGGUUCAUGCAGGAAACCAAAAACCUUUCAUCUGUCCUUUCUGUAAAACAGUUUACUUAAACAAAAGGAGCUGGAUUAAGCACAUGAAAACCUACGUUGGACAGAAACCAGCUGAUCAGUUUUUGGCAAAAGAAUCAAAAUGAGUGGAAAACAUCAGGGCCACUUUUAACCCUUACAUACUGUUCAUAUUCUGACUCAAAAUUAAUCUCUAUACCAAACUUCUGAACCACAAAUCUGUGUUUCAUUCAUAAAUGCUUCAUCAUUCAUUAAUAAAUAGGUGUUUAAUCCUUAACACUGUUUAUUUCAGCUUCUCAAAUGUGAUGGUUUAUUUCUUUUCUUUAUGGAACGUAAUGAUGAACUGAAUAUCUUUUGGGUUUUGGAUUGUUAGUCAAAACUAGACAUGUGAAGAUGUAACCUUGGACUGUGGAAACUGUCUGACUAACAGUCCAAAACCCAAAGAUAUUCAGUUAUCAAAGUAGUUGCUUGAUUAAUGUUCUGUUGAUUGAUUAAUUGAUGAGUGGAUUAACCUUGCAGCUCUAGAAAGAGGACAGCAAUCCACAUCCAUCAGCAAUCUCGCAUCCAUCUUGUCCUGUCAUCUUGCAACCCCUUUCAUUAAUCCAGUGACCACUUUUGUGGUUCCUGACCCCCAAGUUGGGAACCAUUGGUCUAAAAAAAUGUGUGACAGCUGCACAAAAAUAAUAAAAGCUGGAAUAUUAUUUUCAUUUUUGUAUAAUCCAGGUCACUUUUGGGAAAACUCAGGCUAAAGUAAAGGGAGUUUUUACUGCUCUUGAAUGUAAAUAUGGGUCAAAUUUGACCUGAACAAUUUGUAAGGGUUAAACAACCUCCAAAAGAAGAAGAAGAAACGUAUAAAAAGGGUUUCUCACAGCUUAGCUGAACUACAGAACAAAAUCUUGAAUAUGUAUGAUGACACUCAUUUACGCUUCAGGGAGAAUGAGCAGCAGCGCUACAUCGCUCCACUAUUAUGUGUUGUAUAAGAUCAUAAUUGUAUCUUCACAUGAAACUAGUCUUUGACAAUCUAA